CUCAUGUAAUAAGAUGUUUCAUCCUGAAAACUUGCAGGUUCUUGAUUAAUCUGUGUGAAUAUCCUGAUCACAUUAAUUAAUAACUUCAACGUCAUGGAUGUGAUGCUAGAGUUGGGAUUUGGAGUGAAGAAGCAUCACCAGUGGCUGUAACUGAUGAGAAAUUUGUCUUUUCAAUGAUUUUUACGGAGUUUUGCAGCAUUAUUUUAUCAACAUUACUAAAUGAUACAUAAAGCCGGCACAAAGCCACUUGAGAACGCAAUGACAGUCACCUUUGUUUCUACUCCAACGUUUUCUUCUUCUUCUUCUUCUUCUUCUUCUUCUUCUUUUAAAAAAAUCUUCCUGAUCUUUCUUCCCUUUGUCUCUAUUUUUUCGAACUUAUUUAUUGAUUAGACGGAUUCCGUAAUCCAAGCUAUCGUUUUGCAUAUCAGUUGCGUCCAUAAAAAACAGAGAGAGAGAGAGAGAGAGAGAGAGAAGAAGAAGAAGAAGAAGGUAUCUUCAUUGCUUGGUUUUGAACAGUUUGCUCAGUUAAUUGCUUUCGGUUCACCUGCUAUUAGAAAAAUAUAGUUUGUCUAUUAAGAUCGUGGCUUAUCUCGUCAUUCAUGGUGUUUUGACUCUCACUAUCUAAACCUAGACAAGGCCUUUUAUCAGGUAGUUCCGAUACUAGGUUUUCAGCGUAGCGUGUAAACUCCAGACUGAAUACGAAGGAAGCUUCAGCUGUUUGUGUUUCAAUGACUCCAAGAUGGGAUUUCAAAAUUCAUGAGGUUGCUCAAAGUAGUUUCAGACAUGCUCAUAAUCUGUUUAGCUGUAUUUCUGAUAAAAAUCAGAAAAGAAGCAUCCAGGAAGUAAGCCUGAUUGCUCAAGAUGCAGUUAAUGAAUUCAGAAAUUUAGUUAGAAUCCUUGACGAUUCAGCGCAGUCAGAUUGUAAGAGGAUCAGGAAAGGUCCCUUGCCAUAUGCCCAUGACAUAAACCCAGUUGAACUGAUGGAUAGUCCCAACUCUGUGUCUAAAAGUUCUGACCACAACUUUUCUCAACCCAAUAGGCAGCUAUUCCCUCUUCAGAGUAUUCUGUCAACUACUUCUUUGACCCAUGUCAAUACUCUCAACUUGUACAGGGAAAAACAGAAGAAGUCUAAAGACAACGUUGAUGUCAAAAAUAAUUUGAUCAUGGGGUUGAACCAUUCUCCCUUACAGACAAGCGCAUAUUUUUUAAAUUCGGAUGGAAGUGGCAGGAUAAUUCAUCAUUCAUCAUCAGAAGGUCUACCUUCUCAAGAUGACUCCUCCAUAUUUUCCAAGAGCAAGAGUGAAGAGACUAGUGCUAAAUGCCUUGCCUCAACCGGUGGAUGUCACUGCUCAAAGCGAAGGAAAUCGAGGAUCAAGAAAAUUAUUAAGGUUCCUGCUUUAAGCACUAAACUAGCUGACAUACCUCCCGAUGAUCACUCCUGGAGAAAAUAUGGACAGAAGCCAAUAAAAGGAUCUCCAUAUCCCAGGAGCUACUAUAAAUGCAGCAGCAAGAGGGGAUGCCCUGCAAGAAAACAUGUAGAAAGGAGCCUGGAGGAUCCUACCAUGUUAGUUGUGGCUUAUGAAGGGGAACACAAUCACUCCAAAAUUGCAUUUCAAUCUCCCAACAUGAUGCUUCAUAUUUAACAACAAAAUCAAACCGUAGGACAACAGUAUUUUCCAAGCUGGAAUUGCUCGUGCACCUGCAAGCUAUAUAAGGUUCUUCUUCUGCUCCAUGUGUUUCCUUCAAAAAAGAUCCUGUCACUCCAUCAAGACUCCCGAUUAGUUACUCCUAGACUAUAUGCUUCUUCUUCAUCAAUGGAUUUCAUGUCUAGUUGUAUACAUGCUCUUUAAGAUUUUCUAAUAAAGGCUUAUUUGUUUCAUGCA